AUGGCCGCUAUUGCAGAUCUGAUCUGGUCCGAAGGCGUGACCGUCACAAUUGCCACGCCUACAGAAUACGUAGGCUGGAUCAGACGGGCCCGAGAAGAUAACCUACGGACUGCAAGGUGGCAAGUCGCGAUCAGUGGGGGUGAGUUCAUAUCCGAAGCUCUUCAGGGAGCCUUCAAAGGCCUGCGAAAGUCCGACCUCCAGCUCGUGAACUGUUAUGGCCCGGCAGAGGUUACCUUUGCCUGCGCCUACAGCGUUAUACCCUACGCAACUAAACCCAGCUCAAACUGUCCUCUCGCCGUCUUGCCCAACUACAGGAUCCUGGUCGUGGACUCGGAUCUUAAACCAGUUUCUACAGGCGAGAGCGGUCAGAUCUUGAUUGGGGGUGGUGGAGUUGCCAGCGGAUACCUCAAUGAUUCGAGCUUGACGCAAUCAGCAUUCGUUACCCUUGCCGGCGUAAGCACAUCAUCCGGAAAUGAAGGGGGCUGUGUAUACCACAUGUCCGGGGACAGUGGCUGGCUUGAUGCAGACGGUCAUCUCAUGCUUGAAGGGAGAGUAUGUGGCAGUACCCAAAUCAAGAAGGGUGGCAUUCGCAUUGACCUCAGAGAUAUCGAAAACACCAUAUGCCGUGUCUUUGCGCAGACUGUCUCUCAAGCAAUCGUCUCUCUUCGAUACGGGCCGGCAUCAGAGGUCCCAUUCCUUGUGGCCUUCAUCGUCUUUGCGAAGAACGAACCACCUACAAGUCGGAAAGAGUUCCUAUCCGAACUUCCUGAUAAGCUCCCUCUUCCUCGAUACAUGAGACCUUCAAGAGUUCAGGAGCUAGACACUAUUCCCACAGUAGGCUCUGGUAAAGUAGACCGAGGGGCACUCGAUUCGCUAGACCUUGGUACAGAGCGGCCAGUGGUGUCAAACGAGCCUAACGGCGACCUCGACAGCAUCGAGGAGAUUUUAUUUUCCUGGUGGGAGGAGGCAAUUCCGGGCGGUGGUCCCAUAUUUCUGGGUAAGGCGGUGUUAAGGCACUUGAUCGGGGACAGUGGCGUGACCAAGGUGCACUGCAUUGCAAUCCACAAGCCCCAACGGGACCUACCCUCCAUAUUCAACCACGCCAAAGUGCAUACGUACUCGGGCGAUUUGGAAGCCACUCUUCUUGGGUUACCUAGCGAGUCUGCUCGGGACAUCUUCGGCGACGCAGAUGCAAUUAUUCACAUUGGGGCCGAUGUUUCCUUCAUGAAAACCUAUCGAAGCCUCCGCCCGGUCAACAUUGCCUCGACGAAAGAACUGGCCAGACUAUGUGCUCCCAGGCGCAUACCGUUUCACUUUGUUUCGUCUGCCACUGUCACAAGGCUCACAGGCCAAGAAGCCGUGGGGCCGGUCUCUUUGCGCCAGUGGCCGCCUCAGUCGGAUGGCUUUGACGGGUAUACGGCAACCAAAUGGGCGAGUGAGGUUUUCCUCGAGAACAUGAACGAGUACAUGGGACUUCCAGUUUUCGUAUAUCGCCCGAGCAGUGUCACCGGGGACGACGCGCCCGAAUCUGACGCAGUCAGCAACUUCAUCAGAUACGCCAAGAAGAUGAACAUGUUGCCGCAGGUUGGCAACUUGACUGGCUACCUGGACUUCGUACAUGUCGAUGAAGUCGCUAGGUGUAUUACUUCGAACUUGCGGGAAGUGGUCCAUCUCAACAUCGCGGACAAUCGGGUGCAGUUCCUGCAGAUUCUUGGGACGUCCCGAAUCCGAGUGGACGAGAUCCCGAGGGCUAUCGAGUCCGCUACCGGAACACCAGUCAGAGUUGUGGCAACAAAGGAAUGGGCGCAAGCUGCGAUAGAGGCGGGCAUGAACCCUCUUCUGGCCGCUUACUUUGAGCGCGAAGUGACGAACCAGGCUUUACUGCCAAACAUAAUGUAG